UAUCGCUCUUAACCACUACACCACACUGGCUCUCAAAGAAGCUGAGUAGCUUGGCAGUUGUUUUUUUAAUACAGGGGAAUUUUUGACAGACUUAAUUUUUAUAAUCCUUAAUUAUUUGACAUAUUAAGGUGGCUAGCAAAUUUCUGAAUGACAUACAGUAAGAUGAACACUUUUCUAUCUUAACUGAAUCAAUGAAACAUUUUUAUGAUAAACUAAUUGUUGUAAAGUUAAAAGUAGCCAUUUUUAUAGAUCCACAGGAUGAAAAUUGUGUUAUACACUCUUCUGCUGCAUCAAACCAUAUGCAACUGAAAUAGUAUAGGACAAGGGAAAGAUUAAUGCUAUUAAGGUGUGAAACAUAAUCCUAUCAGUGCUCAGAAAUCUUUUUAGUAGGCUAAAUAGGCUUAACCAAAAAGAAGCAUACUGUAUACAUUUUUUCUAUUUAUUUUACAAGUUGCCCUUUUCUUUGCAAAUACUUGUUCCAGUUUGAUGUCAGCCUUCUGAAUGUCAGUAACCAAAACUUAAACCAGUGUGUACAAUUAGACAUGAAAAUGCAAAUAUAAAGGUUAAAGUAUAAAUAUUAGAAUGACUAUUCUAUUGGAAUACUAAAGGAAUCAUGUCCUGUACUGUUCAUCAUCAAAUGUGGAGUAAAAUCAAGAAAGAAAUUGGAAUCCAUCAAAUUAAAUGGUCUUAAAGUCUUGUCUUUAAUUUGAUAGCAUUGAGUCUGGCUGUGAGGCAGUUUUGGAAGACAGAAGGUUUUCAUUUGAAAAAUGUGAGAAUCUGAAGGGAGCAGGAGCACAACCUUUACAUAGGGGGAAAUAGCUUUUAUAUUUAUAAAUAAUGUACCUUUCUAGAAUCCCUGUCUUGUACUCAUUCAAUAUGCAAUUUAUGAGUAAUUGGCUAGAUGAUAAGCAGGCCAAGAUGAUUAUGAGCCAAGGGACUAUGACUAAGACAUUUAAAUUCAGUAGCUUGGCAAGUCUUUGCAAAGGAUUCUAUAUAAUAUUGAUGUGCAUUAUUUCUUGUAAGCAGUAGCUUCCUAAAAGCCUUUUAAAAUCCAUCAACUGAUUGUCGGUUCCUCCUAUCAUACAGUAACAGAAGAAAUUGCAGAGUCUUAGUGAGUUGCUGCUGGCCGCUUCUGAUGAUGCUAGGAAAAUGCGCCUGUGUGAGAGCACAGGUGCAGUUUUUCUGACCGAUGCUCCUCAUUUUCUGCUCCAGUCAUCCUGGAGAGAAUUCGCCACUUUAUCAGUACUUACAGGACGUAGGACAUACUGAUUUUGAAGUAUGCUCACCAUUGGUACAAAAGCCGGAAGAAUGUACAUUCGAAGAGGGGCAAAAAGACAUGGAUACAGUUGCAAUUCAGAACAAAGACGUCCUAUCAAACUUAGCUGAGAAAUUUAAAAGCUGGCUUUCUUUUUUACCAUAUAAGAAAAAAGAUGAACUACUUCACCAGUUGGAUGUUGGUUUUCGCUCGGAGGCUCUCUGCACCAUCCUGCAACAGGAAGUUCUGCUGCAGGAGGAUGUUGAACUGAUUGAGCUACUUGACCCCAGUAUCCUGUCUGCAGGGCAGCCCAAGCAACAGGAACAUGGACAUCUUCCAACGCUACGCUCCCUAGCAACUCCUAAUAUUUGGGAUAUCUCAUUACUAUUUGCCUUCAUCAGCACGCUGAUUAUUCUUCCUUCUUCAUGGAAUGGAUCUCUUGGAUUGGUGGGGGGAGCAGGCUUGUUGGUUUACAUGUUCUUACGAGGUUUGGACACACUGAACACAGCCAAGCUGCAAAUGUCUCUAAGAAAAUGCCAACUCCAGCUAGAAGAUAUGGUGACUAAUUGUCGAGCCUUCACUAACCUUGUGAGAAAAUCUCUACGGCUCAUUCAAGAAACUGAAGUCAUUUCCAGAGGAUUUACUCUUUUGCUUGACAGGGUCAGUGCUGCUUGCCCAUAUAAUAAAGCCGGACAGCAUCCUUGUCAGCAUCUCAUUGGUCUUCGGAAAGCAGUUUAUCGGUCAGUACGAGCCAACUUCAGAGCGUCAAGGCUUGCUACCUUGUAUAUGCUGAAACAUUACCCAUUGAAUUCUGAGAGCGACAAUGUGACAAACUACAUCUGUGUGGUGCCUUUCAAAGAACUGGGCCUUGGACUCAGUGAAGAGCAGGUGUCUGAGGAAGAAGCACACAAUCUCACAGAUGGCUUCAGCCUGCCAGCACUAAAGGUUUUAUUUCAACUUUGGGUUGGACAAAGUUCUGAAUUCUUCAGGCGGCUAAUUCUUCUGCUGUCCCCCUCCAAUGCAUCUAUCAAGACCCUGAUUGGGCCAGAACAUUUGCCACUUUCGACCUUUACUGAUGUGACUCAGGGUCUUCAUCAUGCACAUGCUGCCUGUUUAGAAGAGCUUAAACGGAGCUAUGAAUUUUAUCGGUACUUUGAAACACACCAUCAGUCUGGUUUGGAACGUUCAGUCAAAACCGAACAAAAGUCAAGAGAACUAAAUCGUCUCCACACAGCAGUGCGCAGCCUACAACUCCAUCUGAAGGCCUUGCUUAAUGAAGUAAUAAUUCUUGAGGAUGAACUUGAGAAGUUUAUUAGCUCCAAGGAAAGCCAAGAACUAACUUUGGAGGCCUACCAAGUUGUAGAAACAAAACUAAGACUUGUUCAACCUCACAUGCAAGCAAGCAACAGCUGCUGGGAAGAGGCCAUUUCUCAGGUGGAAAAAAUGGUUCGAAGAAAUCCAGAGAAAAAAGGCAAUCCUGAACCAUCAUGUGAGAACAAGCAUUGCACCAUGGUACCUUUGCUGCAACCAUCUGUGCAUAUAGAGGAUAAAGACCCAAUCCCUGAAGAACAGGAACUUGAAGCAUAUGUUGAUGAUGCAGAUAUAGACAGCGAGUAUAAAAGAGAUGACUUUUAUUACUUUUCCCUGGAAGACAGAGAGAGGCAAAAACGUGAAAGAGAGGAAUCCAAGAGAGUGCUGCAGGAAUUAAAAUCUGUGCUGGGAUUUAAAGCUUCAGAGGCAGAAAGACAAAAGUGGAAGCAACUCCUGUUUAGUGAUCAUGCUGCAAUGAAACCCUUGCCUGGUACAGAGCAAGAGGAACCCAUAAAUGUUUUGGGAUUGCCGAAGAAUUCAGAAUCAGGCAAGCAGGUGUGCAGCAGAGAUGACAGCUUGGAAGAAGCAGUCUCUGACUUCAAAACACAAGCUACUGAUGGGGAGAAAGAUCGGGUAGAGUACCUCUCUGAUGAAUCUGGUAAGAACAAAAACGACAUUGCUGCAAAUGGUGACUCACCAGAAGUUGAAAAAAGAACGUGUUACCAAUGCAAUGGAGAAGGUGAAGAAUCUGAGUCAGCUGGUGUGGACAGAGCUGAUGUGUCACAGCCACCUGAGAGAGAUGCGUUACAGUCCUCCAUCAAACAAAGACUGGCUGAGCUUCAUAUAUCAGCAGAUUUGAAUUUCACAUCAGGACUCGCAGCACAGGUUGCUGCCAGGUCACUGACAUUUACAACCAUGCAAGAGCAAACAUUUGGCGAUGAAGAGGAGGAGGAGGAGGAGGAGAUACAGGAGAAGGAAGACUUUUUUGAAAAACACAAAGGUGAAGUAAAUGACUGCAAAAAUGAAGAAUCAUAGAGCCCACCUAAAAUUUGCCUUGCCUAUUUGGACACAAUGGAAGGCUAGUGGGAUUAACAGCAGCAGCACAUGCAAAGAUUCAGCAUUGAUAAUAUUGGAUGUUGAAGAGAAGAUAACCAUUAAAAAUCAUGACUUCAAUUGGACUUUACUAGUCUUUUGAAAUAUAUCCAUGUGCAAAUAUCAACUAGACUCCAAGUGUAUAGUAUGGUUCUUACAGGUACCACGAAUGACUGGCAUUUCUUUUAAUAUUUUAUCUUUAUUUAUUUAUAUUAUUAGGCAUUUUUUCCAAAAAUGAAAAAGCAAAUGGUCUAAUUGUCAUUUCCUUAUUGCUUAUUAUAAUGUUGACAUUAAUUAUGCAACUACUUGAAAUGGUUCUUUAACAAGAACCUAACUCCAUGUGGGUUUUUCUGCCCACUUUGUGUCCUCUCCUUUCUACAUUAGAUCACGUAAUGACCUGCAUAUUUGUUGAGCUGUUGGUUCAUCAGGGCCACAGCCUGAGAUGUGGACUGUUUUGUUUAAUGAAAGCCAUAGCUUGUGUAUCCUGGGAUGCUAACCUAAAAUAACUUAUUAUUAUUAGCAACGGGUUACAAAGCAAAACAAAAACCCAGCACAAUCUUCUAUAUUUUAACUUCUGGAAUAUGGAGAAUAAUUUGACUGUUUCAUGUUUUUGCAGUGAUUUUUCCGUGCAAACACUCCUAAGUUGUCACAUGUGACCCCCCCCCCCUUUGCAGAUAAGGGAAAUUAAACAGAUUCUGAUCAGGUCUUCUCCCGUUUCUUUCCAUCUGUUACCUUGUGUAGAUAAAAACAACUUUACUUCUGCAGCAGAGACUAACUGAGACUUGGUGUCCUUUGAUUUUAGUUUCUACUUUGUUUUCCAUUGGGUCAUAUUCUCUGAAAAUGCUCCAUCCAAAGGUAACUCAGAUUCUUUUUCUAUUGGUUUCAUGUUCCGUCUGAUCUACAAGUGUUUUCAUGUAUUUCGCUUCAGCACUUCCACCACCAUUAGAGUAACUGCUUCAGCUGAUUUUCCCUACUGUGGAAGGUGGUGGCGGCAGCUGUUGACUUCCACACAAGGAAUAAAGCCACAAUAACUGUA